GCCUUCGGGUUGGGUUGGGGUGGUUUGGUGGGUGGUGAUUCACUGUGAGCUGGCCCUCCGCCUCCUCCGUGCAGCUGUCCUCCUGCUGCACCUUCAGCCCGGCGGCGCCCUGCGGAUCCCCCAUUCGGCUCCUGCUGCGCUCCCGGCAUCGCCCGACGGCGGAUCGCCGGGUGCUGCUCCAGUUUACGAGGAGGGGCAUCUGCAGUGCACCUCCAGCCAGUGCUGCGCGAAGCCCGAAGCUCUUGAACAUGCGCUUCGGGUGCGAGCACUUCCAAAUCUCGACCUUGUCUGCCUCCAGGGCCUUCUCCGCACUGGCCACCGAAGCCGCAGAGCAGGCCUGGGCUGCAGGCUCCGACGAGCCCUUCGUCUUGGCGGCCUUGAACUCCUGGCGAUUCUGCAAGAUCUGGUUCCGCAGGGAGUCCCUGGUCGGCUCCCUGGCCACCCUGCGCCAAAGGGCCUGCUUGGCCACGGGCUGCGGGGGCUCCGGAAUCCAGUGCCCAUCCUCCGCCGACGCGGCGGAGAGGUUGGCACCUUUGGUGGUGAAGGAGGGCGGCGCGACAUCACCCACGGCCGCUUGGCCCCCUCCGCGUCGAAGACCAGCUGGUCGAGCUCACGGGUGAGCACGACCUCCAGCUCCGACUUGCCGCCAGCCGUGAUAAACUGGGCCUCCAGCUGCCCGAGGACCGUGCCGAUGCAGGCCUCGCGGAGUGCCGCGCUGGGCACCAGCAGUCUUUUCAGCAAGCCAUGGCACCGCACCGCGGGUUCGGGCGCGCUGCGCCCCUUUCAAGUGCGCGCGGCGCGCUGCGCCCCUUUCAAGUGCGCGCG